AUGGAGAAAGGGGACAAAGAUAGUGAUUCCGUCAACAAAGCCAUCGAAGACCUGUACAACGUUGUAUGCAAGCCAUGGACACAGAGAGAAAUGGAUGAGCUUUUCAUUACAACGAACAAGUUUGAUGUCAAUCUAGGCCAUGUCGCCGAAAGUUUCAAGGUCGAUAAUUCAGUACGCACUGAAGCAAUCGAGCCCAUGCUAACAAUUUUGAGAAAACAACUAAAUGGCACAGGGAGAAAGAUUAUGUCGUUAAGCAACACUUUCCUUCUACCAUAUAUGCUGAAGUAUGAAGUCGAUAUGGGAGAUAAAGAAAUGCGACAGACACAAUGUUGCAUACUAGAAGAGUUUCCGCCAAAUCCCAAGCAGAAAGAACAUAUUAUGCGUGCGACAACCACAAAAGAGCAUGAAGUUAUUGAUAUAUCCAGUAAACACAAAGAGGUUAUGGAUGUCAGCAGCCACGCCAUCGCCCAAGAAUCUUGCACAGACCACGAAGAAAAGGAUCCACCAAUAGAACCAGAUCAACCACCACCAGAUGACAAGAUACCACACCAUGCUGAAGAGGAAACGGAUGAGCAAAAUAUUAACAGCAAUAUCCCGAGCACAGAGCAACCUGAACAAACAGGAACUGAUUUAAAAGAGGAUGACAGAAGCAACGACGUACCAAAUACACAAGAAGAGGUUUCCGAGCAGAAAAAACAACACGUUCUUCUUCAAGAAGAAACAGACUCGACAAGAAAUCAGGAAGGCACCUCCAGCACCAUCUCUUUAGACUUCCUAAAAUACAAAACAACGAAAAAGCAUGAAGAAGUUGAUGAAUUUAUUUCAAACCUUGACCCAGACCAACUAAAGCAAUACGGUAUGCUUAAACAGAUGGGGCAGACAUUCGAUGAAAUCAAAACAGCAAUGAUUUACCAGGAAGACUUUGAGUUCAACAAAAAUGCCACGCCGUAUCUAACAAGCUUACAGCAAGAAUCAGGAGAACAUUCAAUGGGUCAAUCAUCUGAGAACAGUUUAGACAAGAAAAUCUCGGUCAAGAAGAGACCGAUUAUGAUACCUCACAACACAGAUAAACACUACACACUAUACGUGCUCAACAAGUACACGAGCUCCAUCGACAUACUUGACUCACUGAAUUACAGAAACAGAGAUGGAAAGAAUACAUGGAAAACACACCAUAAGGAUCAUCCAGAACUGUUAUCUCAUGAAAGAAAAAUAAAAGAAUAUCCAAUGACCUCCAUGCAGCAAAGAAACGUAGAUGCCGAGUGGAAACCAGAGUUCCUUUUUACAGCCAUAUUUGGUGAAAUAAACCAAGUAAAGUGCGAGGAUCUACCUGGAAGAAUCAAAGAAUUCAAACCAGAAACUUCGAAGUUCUUUUACACCAACAAAGUUCGUGAAGCAACGCAGCCCAAGACCAUUCCGCACACCGCCCACGCUGCCAGCCUGGGCCCGCAUGGCCGGCUGCCUAUAAGGCAACGGCCAGUGCGACGGGGCCCCACCAGGCAGGAAGCAGCAGAGAGAGAAUUCAAAUUCCAAUUCCUCGGUGUCUCCCCAUUCCCCAACACCACCAGUCCACCGCCACCGCCACCCAAUCCGUCGCUCUCCUCCCCGCCGGCGAUCGCCGCCGUCGCCCUCCUCGGCGGGGCGACGCUCCGGGACCGGGCGAUGAAGCUGAAGAUCAACAAGGCGUGCGACAUCGCCUCCAUCUCCGUCCUCCCUCCCCGGAGGACCGGAGGGAGCAGCGGUGGCGGUGGCGGGAUGAGCGCGCCUGCUGCUGCUUCCGCGGCGGCGGCGGCGCAGCAGCAGCGGUCCCAGUCCAUGUCGCAGAAGUCCUUCUCGCAGGGAGGAGGAGGAGGCGGCGGCCCGUUCUCGCAGGGCGUCGGCGCGUCCUUCUCGCAGGCCAUAGGCAGCGGUGGCGCGUCCUUCUCCCAGGCCAGAGGCGCGUCCUUCUCGCAGGGCAGCGGCACCGGAGACGCCGCGUUCUCUCAGGUCGGUGGAGGCGGAGGCGCGGCCUUCUCUCAGGGCGGUGGAAGCGGAGGCCCCGCGUUCUCUCAGGCCGGCGGAGGCGGAGGCGCGGCCUUCUCUCAGGGCGGUGGAGGCGGAGGCGCGGCCUUCUCUCAGGGCGGUGGAGGCGGAGGCGCGGCCUUCUCUCAGGCCGGUGGAGGCGGAGGCGCGGCCUUCUCCCAGGGCGGUGGAAGCGGAGGCGCGUCCUUCUCCCAGGGCGGUGGCAGCGCGCCGCUCGUGCACGCGCAGUCGCAGCUCUCGCAGGCCUCCCUCGACGCGAACCUCCUCAGCCUCCUCUCGCAGGCUCCCGCGCGCGACCAGAGAUUUGCCUUGGAACAGGACUCGUCGAAGAGGACAUCUUCAUAUCCUGCCAGUUCAGCUUCUUGUGUGCGCGAGGAAUCUCAGCUGCAACUGACAAAGAUACCAACCAACCCUAUCCACCGCUGGAGCCCCUCUCUUCCGGAUAGCAGAUGUCAGGUUAAUGAGGAAGUUGAGCGCAAGUUUCAGCAUCUGGCAAGUUCAGUACAUAAGAUGGGAAUGAUAUUAGACUCGGUGCAAAAUGAUGUGAUGCAGUUAAACAGAGCCAUGAAAGAGGCAUCACUAGACUCUGGUAGCAUUCAGAAAAAGUUUGUGCUCCUAGAGGACUCUCUAAAGCAAAUUCUUAAGGGACAAGAUGAUCUGAAAGCAGUCCUUGAAGGAAUCACAGAAAGAAAUCCUGACCAACUGAGUGUUCUCAACUCUCUCGCCAGCAAACAGGAUGAGAUGUCCUCGUUACUUUCAGUCUUGCCAAAGCAUGUGCAAAUAGAACUGGGGCAACUGAAGGGUGACAUCAGCAGAAUUUUCUCAAAGGAGAUAGAGGGGAUAGUUAGAGCUGUUGAUACUAGGCUUGACCGGAUGCAAAUGCUGGCAAACCAGAGCUGCACCACCAAUGCAAAACCCCUGAUGAACCAGACAAGUGUAACAAAUGGAAGCCCCCUGAUGAAGCAGACACCAGCAGCAGAUGGAAGCACCCUGGUGAACCAGACAAGAGUAGCAGAUGGAGGCCCCCUGAUGAACCAAGGACCAGUAACAGAUGAAAUCCCCCUGAUGAACCAAGGACCAGUACCAGAUGGAAGGCCGCAGAAGAAACAAAGACCAGUAGCAAAUGGAAGGUCCCAGAGGAAGGAACAAACACAAGUAGCAAAUGGAAGGCCCCAGAGGAAGAAACAAAGACCAGUAGCAAAUGGAAGGCCCCAGAGGAACCAAAGACCAGUACCAAAUGGAAGGCCCCAGGUGAAGCCAACAAAAACAGCAGAUGGAAGCUCGCAGAUGAACCAGAAACCCGAAGCAGAUGGAAAGGCCCUAAUGAACCAAGUACUAGCAGUAACUCAAGCUGCCAGUGCUCCUGCGCCCUUGGCUUAUCAGAGGAAGACAGAAGGUGUGAAGCCAAAUGUGGAAAAGGGGAUGGCAAAGGCCGCCACAGGUGCACAGGAAUUGGGUAGCUCAGGCGACAGCAGUCCGGCGCCACCUAAAGAGCAAGAGUUGGCGAUUCAGAAGGACAAUGAAGAGGCACCAGUCAACAAGGCGAUGUUGACCAUUGUCAUCGACUCGGACGACGACGAGGAGGGGGGUGGCAGCGCCGGGAACGCGUCAUGCGUCACGCUGAAGGCCGAAGCAGGUGGUGCGGUGGCGGAGGCGGCGAUGGGCGAGGGGGAGGCGCUGGAGAUCCUGCGGCGGGCGAGGAAGCGCCGGCGGAGGGAGGGGGCCAACGCCGUCGUGCUCGACCACUGCUAGACCGUUUAUUUAGUACGUAGCGGCAACCCAACGGUAACGAUUGGCGUACAGAUACAGACAGAGGUGGGUCGACAGACAGUGUUUUAAGAAGAUAACAGAGGUUAGGGGGCGUACA